ACCUCGUGGCAGAAUAUGAAAAUCUCCCGCUUUUGUAACUCUUGCAAUAAUUUCCCAAAGAAAAGUCAAAAAAGGAACAGCAUAAGCAGAGAAGAGAGUCUAAAGGGCAGAGAGAGAGAGAGAGAGAGACCCUCGUCAGUCGUCACCAAGAUAUUUUUGAAGACCUUUACUCAUACUUUUACGGUUUUACCGUCCCCAGAUUAUCCUCGGAACUGAACUUCUCUUCAAAACAAUGCUUACCUUAUUCACAUGUCCAACACCAUUGGACCUCCAAAAUUUUACAUAACCAAAAGAAGCAAAUCUCCAAAUGGCAGCACUUCUUGUUAAGCUCUUUCUCAUCACCAUUCUUAUUUCUCUUUCCUACUUUCUUGGCUCUUACACACACGUCUUCUCUCACUCUGCAGCUCCCCUUCAAGUUCUACCACAUCCCUCACACUGUUUGCAGCUUAAUUCCACAACCCACCUCCCCAUUUCUCCUCCCCUUCACUUUGAGCCACUCCACACUCUCACUCUUCCUCAACAAUCUUCAAAAAAGCUUCCAUUUUUGUUUAAGUUUUGUCCCAACAGCUUCACCAACUACCUGCCUUGCCAUGACCCUUCACUGGAAAAGAACUUCAGUGUUGAAAGGUUCUUUCACAGAGAGAGGCAUUGCCCUGGAAGGAGAGUGAAGUGUUUGGUACCAAAGCCUGUUGGUUAUAAGAGGCCUUUUGAGUGGCCAAAGAGCAAAGACUAUGCUUGGUUCAGGAAUGUGCCUUUCAAGAAGCUGACUGUGUCCAAGAAAUCUCAGAAUUGGGUUCGAUUAGAAGGUGAUCGUUUGUUUUUUCCUGGUGGUGGCACUUCUUUUCCAAUGGGAGCAAAGGGUUAUGUUGAUUUGAUCAAGAAGGUCGUGCCUUUGAAAUCUGGAAAGCUAAGAACUGCUCUCGAUAUUGGAUGUGGGGUUGCAAGCUUUGGAGCCGCUUUAAUGAAUUAUGACAUCUUGACAAUGUCAAUUGCGCCCAGGGAUAUACAUGAAGCUCAAGUACAGUUUGCCCUGGAAAGGUGACUUCCAGCGAUGCUUGGUAUACUAAGCACCUAUCGACUUCCAUAUCCAUCAAGAUCUUUUGAUAUGGCACAUUGCUCUCGGUGCCUUGUGCCGUGGAGCAGUGAUGAUGGGCUUUACUUGAUGGAGAUAGAUCGAGUUUUACGUCCGGGUGGCUAUUGGGUGUUAUCUGGACCACCUAUCAGUUGGAAGACUAGCUACAAAGGAUGGGAGAGAGAGGCUAAGGACUUGCAGAAUGAGCAGAUCAGUUUGGAAGAUCUUGCUAAGAGAUUGUGCUGGAAAAAAAUUGCUGAGAGAGGACCAAUUGCGGUGUGGCAAAAGCCUACUAAUCAUGUGCACUGCAUCCGGAAAUCAAAGGUUCGGAGAUCAGGACAAUUUUGUGCUACAACUGAUCCUGAUGAUGUUUGGUACAAGAAGAUGGAUCCAUGCAUUACUCCUCUUCCAAAUGUUAAAGAUAUCCACAAUAUAUCUGGAGGUGCUCUUGAGAGUUGGCCUAAAAGGUUGAAUAGGGCUCCACCUCGAAUUAGAAGUGGGAUUAUUAAAGGCCUAACAGUUAAGGCCUUUGAUAAAAAUAACCAGUUAUGGAAAAAGAGAAUUUCCUACUAUGGAAUUAUACUUAAGUCUCUUGCUUCUGGUAAAACUAGAAAUGUAAUGGACAUGAAUGCUGGGUUAGGGGGGUUUGCAGCUGCGCUGGCCAAUUAUCCAGUUUGGGUAAUGAAUGUGGUUCCUUAUGAUGGAAAACAAAAUACACUUGGAGUUUUGUAUGAGCGUGGUCUUAUUGGAACCUACAUGGAUUGGUGUGAGGCCUUUUCAACGUACCCUAGAACUUACGAUUUGAUACAUGCCUAUGGUAUAUUUAGCUUGUAUAUGCACAAGUGUGAUAUUGUUGAUAUUCUUCUCGAGAUGUAUCGAAUUCUUCGCCCGGAAGGAGCUAUAAUAAUAAGAGAUCAUGUGGAUAUGAUAGUGAAGGUGAAAGACAUGACAGAUAGAAUGAGAUUAAAUGGCAAGAUUUUACACAGUGAAAAUGGACCCUUUAAUCCUGAGAAGAUACUGUUGGUUGACAAUGCAGAAUAGGACACUCACCCUUUGUCGCCAUAUACUAGUAGCAGGGUACCAGAAGCAUAGAUAGCUUAUUAGAUUGCAGAUAUUGCUAUUUGAAACUAAAUCUGUGCCUGAUAAUUUUUGUAUAUUAAAAGUUAUAUGUAUA